AUGAUUCUGCGCAAAGCCGCUUUUGCAAGCACUAUUCGGAUGGAGAUAGGCUUCUUUGACGCACCAGAAAAUCAGACGUCAAGCAUCCUGGUAUCACUGGAGAGGCACAUGAACCGCGUGGGGCAAAUGUUAGGCAUUCAACUCGGAAACUCCAUGGGCGCCAUUUUUACAUGCGUCCUCUCCGUGGGAGUUAGCUUCCUGGGUUCCUGGGUACUGGCCCUGGCGACGUUGUUUCUUCUGCCGAUCUGCGGUGUGCUCAUGAUGGUGUUGGCUGGCUACGCCACCAAGAACGAGCCUGAGGCAGCAACAUGCAUCCGCACCGUACGAGCUCUGGGAGCAGAGGAGAACACUCUGAAUAUUCUCGACGCUUCUUUGAACAAGCUGACGGAGUUGAAUGCUCGGAAGUCCUGGAAACUGGGCCUUUCGCUGGGCUUCAACUUGAGCAUGUUCCCCGCGAUUUUCUUGUCGGGCUUCUGGAUGAGCGCUACCUGCAUUCAAUACUGGGGCUUCGACGCUAGAGAGGUGCUUCUAACGCUCUUCUGCAUAGUUUUUGGCGUGAUGGCCGUCAGCAGCAUUGUCCAGUACAUACCUGAUACUGCAUCAGGGUAUCAUGCUGCAGGAGAAGUCUUUCGGCUCAUCGACCAAGUUUCCAAGAUCGAUGCGACCCAGCCGACAGGGCACAUCGAAAGUCUUGGAGAUGGGUCACUGGAGUUCAAGGAUGUGUAUUUUUGGUACCCCCACCGCCCGGAAGUUUGUGUGCUCAAGAAGCUCAACUUCACCAUCCAGAAGGGCCAGUCGGUAGCCCUGGUUGGCUUCUCGGGCAGUGGCAAGUCCACUGUCAUUCAGCUCAUUCAGUGCUUCUACAACCCUCAGCGCGGCUCGAUCCGUGUUGGUGGCCAGGAGUUGGGGGAUCUCAAUUUGGCCUGGUGGCGCCGUCAGCUGGGUGUCGUAGGCCAAGAGCCUGUUCUCUUCGACAUGUCCCUCUUCGAGAACGUGAGGUACGGCUCCCCCGAGGCGACCGAAGCCCAGGUCAAGACUGCAGCGACGGCAGCCAACAUGGACUACGUCUUCUCGGACCAGGUUAACUACGCACUCGCUGGCGUGAACACUGGGUCGGUGAAGUGGACAGACCCGGUGGGCUUGCGUGGCGAGAAGUUGUCAGGAGGUCAGAAACAGCGCUGCGCCAUUGCCCGGGCGCUUCUCCGAAGCCCUGCCUUCAUGCUCCUGGACGAAGCCACCUCGGCGUUGGACUCCUCUUCCGAGCGCCUGGUACAGCAGGCCAUGCAGGAGGCCAGAAAGGGCAGAACCACCAUUACCGUGGCUCACCGCUUGUCCACCAUUCAACACUCAGACAAGAUCUUCGUGCUCUCCAAUGGCCGACUCGUCGAGUCAGGUACCUACAACGAGCUCAUCAGCUUGCGCGGCAACUUUGCGAUGUUUGCCGCCAGAAGCCUGUGA